UGAGAAUCGCAGUAGGCUGAAAGUUCUCUCUAACGGGACAUAGUUCCACCCACAUAAGUCACAGGCUUUCUCCAGAUGAACUGGAUUUCCCUGUAUGGUCUUACUCCUCCUCCUUCUCUUGAAAGCUGCUGACGUAGCUUUGUACAUAGUACACGGAGAAUUACAGCUGGAGGAAAAAAGCUCUCUUUCCGUUUGCAAAGAAAUAAAACCGGAUGGGAGGGAAGAGAUUGUGAAGUCUAUUUGCAUUCUGUAUACAGAUGGGAAAGUUUUCAUUCAAAGUGUGAAAGAAGCAAGGAAAUAACGUUCUCAGAUAUGGUAAUGAAAAGCAACUGCAGAUGCAAAAUGAAGUGAACGUUUUCUUUGUGUCCCACGUGUUAAUAUUUGCACCAGACUAUUUGGAGGAGCUCUGCGUCAACCUGCAAAACUGGUUUCUGCUCUGCUUUUCAGACAGGAUGAGCGAGACAAUGAGGGGCUUCCUGUUCUGCAAAACUAGUGCCGACUGCCCUAUUUAAAGCAGUUGUUAAAACUUACAUGCAAGCGUUCUAACGAAAUGAAAGAAGUCGUGUUCUGGUCACCCAAGGAGGUGGCAGAUUGGCUGAUGGAGAAUGCUGUGCCAGAAUACUGUGAACCAUUGGAAAGUUUCACUGGGCAAGACUUGAUCAACCUGACGAAGGAGGAUUUUGAGAAGCCCCCUUUGUCACGUCUGUCUUCGGACAACGGCCAGCGACUUCUCUACAUGAUAGAGACUUUAAAAAUGGAGCACCACAUCGAGGCACACAAAAAUGGCCAUGCCAACGGCCACUUGGUCAUCAGUACUGAGGCCCCUGCCAGGGAAAAUGGCUUCAGCAACAAAACCAAGCCCAACGGAAUGCCAAAUGGUUAUAGGAAGGAAAUGAUAAAAAUCCCCAUGCCAGAGCCAGAACGUUCUCAGUAUCCCAUGGAGUGGGGGAAGACCCUUCUGUCUUUCCUUUAUGCACUUUGCUGUUUCGUCUUGACAACAGUGACUAUUUCCGUUGUCCAUGAACGAGUGCCUCCCAAGGAGGUGGAUCCGCCCCUACCAGAUGCUUUUUUUGAUCACUUUAGUCGGGUGCAAUGGGCCUUUUCUAUUUGUGAAAUUAAUGGAUUGAUCCUUGUAGGACUCUGGUUAAUUCAGUGGCUGUUCUUAAAAUACAAGUCUAUUAUUGGCAGGAGAUUUUUUUGUAUAGUUGGCACACUGUACUUAUAUCGGUGUAUUACAAUGUAUGUAACUACACUCCCAGUACCUGGCAUGCAUUUCAACUGUUCUCCAAAGCUCUUUGGAGACUGGGAAUCGCACAUGAGGAGGAUAAUGAAGCUGUUGGCAGGAGGCGGGCUCACUAUCACAGGAGCACAUGAUAUGUGUGGUGACUACCUGUACAGCGGCCACACAGUGAUGUUGACACUCACAUACCUAUUUAUCAAAGAGUAUUCACCUCGGCGAUUCUGGUGGUAUCAUUGGAUUUGCUGGGCUCUCAGCAUCAUUGGGAUGUUUUUUAUCCUCUUGGCCCAUGACCACUACACUGUGGAUGUGGUGGUGGCUUAUUACAUCACUACAAGACUUUUCUGGUGGUAUCACACGAUGGCCAAUCAGCAAGUGCUAAAAGAGGCUUCCCAGACGAACCUUCUUGCACGGGUUUGGUGGUACAGGCCCUUCCAGUACUUUGAAAAGAAUGUCCGGGGCAUUGUGCCUCGCUCCUAUCACUGGCCAUUUUCCUGGCAAGUGUUGCACCUGGGUAGACAGCCUAAAUACAGCAGACUGGUGAACGAUACAUAACAGCUACAGAAAGGAGAUGGCAAGAGAACUGUCCAAAAGUGCUAAGAACUCCACGUGACAAGAUGCCAUAACAAUUGAACUGUUCCCUCUCCUCUAAUUUUUAACCAUUACCUUGACUUAAGUCUCUUCUCUUACCUGGUAAGCACUGUGAUAUUUUUCUCUCUCCAAAGGAUCUGUGAUGGACAACAAUAACGAAAUGGUAAAUUAUCAUGCACUGUAUACAUUUCUUGUUAAUAGGUUUUGGAUUUGCAUUGCUCAUCACCAUGUUUCUUUGUAUAUGAUGCAGCAGCAUAAACGACAAUAACAACAGCAACAAAAAAAAGGCUUUUAUAUCAUAAGUUCUGGUCUUUCCAGUCUCGUCUGGGAAUAAAGCAUAUUAUUUUCUUGGGAAAACAUAAUUUUCAUAUCUCUUGCCCCAAAGAUUGGGCUGUAAGCCAUUUUCUAGCAAAUAUCUAUAUGAAGGUUUAUAAAUACCUGACUGAGAUAAUAUACAGGAAUCUUUCUACCUGUUUCACUGAAGCUACAAAUGAUAGACGCAGAAAGGUUUGGUAAACUUUGAUUUUGUAAAUCUGCAGUGACAGUGUCAAAAGGUGCAAAAAAAUUAUUAUGUUGUAAAGUGAUUUUCUAAGUAUUUCCUAACUUUAUUUUUCAAAAUGAUAUGCGUAAAAAUAAAAUCGAAGAAGAUUUUUACAUGUCAGAGAAAAGAGGUAAAAUUUUAAAAAAUGCUUCUUGGGAGAGAGAUUUGUCUGUUUCUAGUGCCUUUCUUGUCUUGAUAGUAUGGUCAGUAGACAGUCUUUCAAAGCUUUUAUUUAAAAUAAAGUAUUCCAUGAAACCAAGAUUAUAUGUAUUGUACACAUUACUAAAUUUUUGAUUUUAUAUCUAAAUUAAACUGGAAAUCUCUAGCAAUGUUCAGACGACUGGGUUGGAAGGAAAAACCAAAUACAAUAAUCAAGGCUUCACAGAUUGUGGGGAGCAGGUUAGAGUGAAAUGUGCUUCUUAAAUUACGUCAUUGUCUACUCCAUACAUAGAUUUGAACUAUAGCAAGAAAACAGCCAUGAAUUCCUUUUUAUAAUAUUUUUUUUUCUUUCAAACAAUCAGUUUAAAAAUAUAAAAUUAUAAAGAGGUUCUCAUCCCUGGAUGAAAAAAAUAUAUAUUGUUGCAAAACAAUUGAUUUCUAUAAAACCAAACUGUGCAGAAACUGCAUGUAACUCUAAAAAAAAAAUUCAGUCCUGCCAUACAUAUUGUGUUUGGGGGAAAGUAUUCUAUCCUAUACUUGCCAAUGUGCAGAACAAAAUAGUUUUUUAAGAAUGAAGAAGCAUAUAUAUAUCUAUAUAUAUAUAAAUAUAUAUAUUCAUUCUGUAUUUUACGUGAAGCAGAGUUAUCUUCUGUAGGGUUUUUUGUGUGUUCAACAAGGUGAAAUUUGUAUUGUAAAACAAUAACGGUGAAGGAAAAUAAAAAGGCUUUUAAACAAA